UGCAGCCAACAGUGGUUCGGUCCUUUCUACUGCUUUAAAGAAAGAAAAAGAAAUCCAAACGGAGGUUUUAACACCUCUUCAGGACAUAAAAAAAGAAAAGAAAAAGAGUCGUAUAUGGGUUUUAUUGUGUGUGUGUUUUUUUAAUGAAUAGGAGGGUACUUUAAAUCAGCGCGCACCAGGCGACAUGUCUGGAUGUUGUGACAAGCUACAGACAAAAUGAUUAGAGGACUGUGUUUGCAAUCUCUGCGAGGUUUCUCGUCACUGAAAGGCUUUUUUCCUCCUCCUGUCAGUCUCUACAACCUUCAAAAUCGUCUGCUCUUGAAAGGAAGUUAAAGAAAAAAAACAACAAAACAAAAAGAGAAAAGUGACAGCGUCGCAUUUGCACCUUUUUCAUUUCUGGCUAGAUUCUAAAAUAAGUUGUUCGACUUUUUUUCUGGUUACGUGCGUUUGUGGAAAAGGACAUAUUCCUAUUGGAUGUUACUUUCAAAAACUAAAAAGGCAAGCAAGGCAAGUGCUUCCCCCCCUCCAUCCGGUCAAAUAGCCUUCUUCCAGCACUCACUGGUUUUCCAUGUAGGCUAAUGCUCUUUUCCCAGAGGCGAAGGGAGUCCCACAACCACUAAUGCAGUCAGCUUUUUGAUGCGCCAGAAUACACUCAUCCUCUCUUACAACGACGAUUCUUUACUCCAUUCAAGUUGCUCUUUUCAGUUUUGCCGUCGAGACUACGAAGUGACAUCUUCCUCCCCAUUUUCGACAACUGUUAAAGACUGGUAGGUGAUAAUGGCAAUGCAGCCAUGAAAAAUGCUCAUUCGGAUCGCUGUGAGAUGAAGUUGGAGGUCCUGCGUCAAAAUAACAGGGGGCUCAGCUCGGGCAACUUUUGACACGGACCCAUCGCUUUUUUCUUUCUUUCUUUCUUUUUUGAGACUUGUGGUUGAAAGAGGUGUGUAGCCUGCUUGGAGCUGUUCAUGACGGAAACGAUGGCGCUGAGUCUAAACUGCAGGACUAAUCCCAAAGAGCAGGCAUCAGUUCAGAACAGUUUCCCAGAUGUUGUUGAAUUAAACGUCGGGGGACAGGUUUAUUACACGCGUCACUCAACUUUGGUAAGCACCCCGAAUUCGCUGCUCGGUAAGCUAUUUUCUUCUAAAAAAGACGCAUCUAACGACUUAGCAAGAGACCCCAAGGGUCGAUAUUUCAUUGACAGAGAUGGCUUUUUAUUCCGGUACGUGUUGGACUACCUCCGGGAUAAGCAAGUUGUCCUCCCGGACCACUUCCCGGAAAAAGGGAGGCUCAGAAAAGAGGCUGAAUACUUCCAGCUGCCCGACCUGGUGAAGCUGCUGACCCCUGAGGAUAUCAAGCAAAGCCCGGACGACUACUUCCACAGCGACUAUGAAGAUGGGUCCCAGGGUAGCGACCACCGGCAGUGCCCGCCACCCUCUCUCGUUCCCGCGGACAGAAAGAGCGGGUUCAUCACUGUGGGGUAUCGAGGGUCGUGCACCAUGGGCCGUGAGAGUCAGAGUGACGCCAAGUUCAGGAGGGUACCUCGGAUACUAAUAUGCGGCAGGGUAGCCCUUGCCAAAGAAGUGUUUGGGGAGACGCUGAACGAGAGCAGGGACCCGGACAGGACCCCGGAUCGGUACACCUCCCGGUUUUACCUCAAGUUCAAGCACCUGGAGAGAGCUUUUGACAUGCUGUCGGAGUGUGGUUUCCAAAUGGUGGCCUGCAACUCGUCAGUCACAGCUUCGUUCGUCAACCAGCACACAGAGGACAAGAUCUGGUCCAGCUACACAGAAUACGUUUUCUACCGUGGUCCAUCACGUUGGUCGUCCCCUCCAUGUGACUGCUGCUGCAAGAACCACAAAGGUGACGGCGAGGGUGAGAGCGGCACCUCCUUUAAUGAGCUCUCCACCUCUAGCUCUGAGAGCCAGUCAGAGGCCAGCUCUCCCCAGGGAACAGUCAUCUGUGGCCCAGUAAGUCGCCAGUCGCAUCCCCGUGCCAAUGUCCAAACCCUGGACAGGCCGCUGAAAAAGGGCCCUGUCACCAUGGUCCAGCAGUCUGAACAACGACGCAAGAGUGACUUGCUGCGCACUCUUACAGCCAGCUCCCGUGAUACCAGCAGCUGCAAGAAAAGGCCCACAAAAGAGAAGCUCACAGUUGAGGAGGAGUUGGAAAAGUGCAUUCAAGACUUCCGCAAGAUUAAGAUCCCAGAGAGGUUCCCUGAGAGGAAGUACAUGUGGCAGGCUGACCUGCUGAGAAAAUAUCGUCUCUGAGGCAGGAAACACAGCUGAAGGAGCAAACACAUGAGGCCAAGAAUCAGUUCAAGCGUUUUUUGAUCAUAAAUUUUGCAACAAAGGGGAGAGAACACUAAACUUAUUUAAAUCAAGUUUCUGAAAGAAACCUUACUUUUAUGCCAGUGCGCUGAGAGUCUAAACAGAAGCUAGAAGGAAUGAUAAAGAAAAAAGAGACUGUUCUAUUAUUGACGUAUGUAUGGUAGUAGGCUUUGUAUGUGUGUUCAUGUAGAUUAGGCCUACUGUAUGUACUGUAGGUGUGCUGUAACUUACUGAAUGCCUUCAGAACUUUGAAUAAUUUAUCCCAGAGGACCAAUACAAGUGGAUAAAGACAAUGUCCAUGAAAUGAUCAACCACCAGAAGGCUUGCUGAUGGCUACACUUGGGGCUAUUGAUGGCUGCUGGACUGCACAUGCUGUAAUCGGUCAUCAUUCACUGAAAAACCAUCGCAAGAGCCACGGUUUUAGUCAAAGCAGAUAAGCACUGGUCUAGUAUGUGAUUGUAUGUGUUUAUGUCUGUGAAGGUUCUCAGUCAUCCAGGUCAUGGUAAUCUAAGGAGGUUGAAAGAAAAGCGAGAAGUGUCAAACUGAAGAAGCUUCUUGGAUGAGAGGUCAAAGGUUUUCUUUCCAAGCUCCUUAGAUGUGUGUGUUUAUGUGAGUGUGCGUGUUUUGUGUCUGUUUGCACCCGGGUGGCCUAGAGGUCACACAUAAGUCCACAUUGGGACCCAAAAACACUUCAUACUGUUCAAACAGUGCUCUCACUAUAAAUGCACGCAAAAAUGUCUCAUGACAGGAUGGCAUGAAAAGCUGGGUUAAUUACUUUUAAACAACUUCUGGAGACUUCUGAGCUGGUGUAAGCACAGUUUUAUCAGCAAGUAACUUUUGCAUAGAUCUUCACAAUGUUGGUUAGAUGUAGAGCAAUACCCACAUUACUGUGUGAAGGGGAAGCAGAAGAGUGAAGGUACCAGAGAUUCUGUGAAGUUCAAUAAAAAUAUAGCACACACAUACACAUUUUCCCCAUGUACUGAAAAUCAUAUUCACUGCAGCAUAAUUACAUUCCAAAAUGAACAAAGCAGUCAAACUUUUAUUCACAUACUGACACACAGAGCAAUCAAGCACAGUGUCAUUUAAACUACGCUUAAUAUGGCACAAUAAAUAUGGAAAGGAUAAAAGGGGACUGCUGUAUUUGCUUACCCAGUGAACACAGACAGAUGCCUUCUAUACUGACUGUUGACAAGCUAAUCAAUAGUUAUUGAUGAUAGAGUCUGUUGAUAGAGCUGAUAGAUGUAACUCUUGUUUACAAUUACUAAUGAAGCUCUUGGGUUACUGACAAAGACAAGCUGCUCUUCUAUUCAGUCAAAAUUAGUCAUUAUUCAUGUAUUCAUUUACCUACUACUUGGCUCUGUCAGGGUCUGCGGGAUCUAUUGCAGUGUAGACAGUCAACUGCUAUAUUAAAGCAACACAAUUUAAAAGCAUGAGUUAAUAUCCCCUGGAAGAUGAUUGUUAUUCCUUCAAAGUCCUUGCUGAAUAAAAAGUUACUGCCAAUGGCAAAAGCACAGAAACGUUCACUGAUCGUGCAAUUAUAAGGCAUUUGUCUUUAGAUUUCAUAUUGUUAUUGGUCACUUAAAGCUGCCGUUUACUUUUUCAUUGCCAGGUUAGUUCAUUAUUAUUACAAUACUAACUGCAAAUGUAAAAGAAGAGUUGAUAACUAUAUAUAUCACUGUUUUUGUAGAUAUGUAUUAAAAGUGGUGGGAUAGGGAUUCACAUCGAUGAGAAGGCUUCUGAUUAUGAGACAGAAUUAUUCCAUUUUUGUCAUGAAGGUAUUUUCCUUCAUGAGGAAGUAGCUGAUAAAUUGGUACAUGUGUUGGUCAAGGCAUUCAAUAAAAUCUCAGUUUUUCUGAAUAGUUGGGUAGCUGUGAUAAAAGAUGUUAGCAUUAGGAAGCUAUACAUCUAAAUGAGUUUCUUUAUAUUGUUGAAAUUUCAGAUUGACCUUUUGAUUAAAAAAAAAUAUAUAUAUAUAUAUAUAUAUAUAUAUAUAUAUAUAUAUAUAUAUUAAAACAGAGGUGAAAAUGAAAAUAAUUAUAUUACACAAACUUGGCUGGACUUGUAUUUAUCAUUGAGGGUUAUAAAAGUGCAGAGGAGUGCGAUCUAUAAACAAUCACAGCUUUUUGCAAAGCAAGAAAAAAAAAGCACACACAACUAAGAGUAAAAUAUGCAUAAUGUAUACUUGUCAAAGAUCAGUUCAUUUAAAACAAUCCCUGAUAUGUUAAAAAGAAGGAUGAUUUAAAAUGUUUUAUUACACUUAUUUUUCUAUCAAAUGCCCUUUAAUUUAAUACACCGUCGAGCACUUAUUCUGCCCAUAUAAUGUAUUUCCUGUGAGAGAAGUUAAGUGGCAGUAAGAGUGCCAGGGAUAGUCAUAACCAUAUGUCUGCUAAAGCUCAUUAUAGUAUAGAGUAAGUGGUUGCAAUAGGUGCUAGAUAUAAACUAAUCAUUCUCCUCAUGUCAAUACAAGUAAUAUAAUUUAUUUUUCUACAUUACUGGAAUAUUACAUUUUCAUUUUGAAGUCAUUGAUCUUUUUCGUUGAAGUUGAAAUAUGUUAAUCCAGGCUACAUAUCAUAUGUAAAUAAACACCAUAAAUCAUACCUAACCAGAAAAAUGUAUUAUGCUCUCUGUAUAUAACAUGCAAAUCCAUGAGGCAUUGCUGCUACUCUGUUCUUAAUGUGCAGUAGACUGACAAUAAUGUAAUACAGCCAUUAUUGUUUUUAUUGUUUUGUCAUUUAGCGUUGGGCUAUCAGGGAUUAGGGAAAUAUAAGAUAUAUCUAUAACAGAUCUCAUAUUUAUAUUGUUUUUUUUUCCAAACAACAGUGUCAUAAAUGGACUUCUCUAGCACACUCAUCUGUGUCACAAUCACUGAUGACUAUGAUGCUGAUUUUCAACCAGAAUACAAUGGAGUGUUAGAAUAGUCAUAUGUUUUUGCUGUUUUGGCUCUGAACUUGAUUUGAAAUGAAACAGUGACUAUAAAAGUACUUUGAGGGUGUUUACAUCCAUUUUUCCAUUUCAGAAGAACAGUGUAUAAAUCCCCUUUAGCAGAUGCAGGAAAAUGCAGCAGGACAGUAGUUCUAAACCCACACAACAACAACAAAAAGCUUUUCAUCAAAGAAUUUUAUGUUCUUGACUUAUCAUUUGUCCCAAGCAAAACUGAGGAUUUUAUCCCCAAGAAUAUACAGUCCGAAGAUCACAAGAAACUGCUCCAGUAGGUCUUGGGUCAUGGUAGUCUCAGGUCCCACUCACACGGCCUAGAAACGUGUGACUGUGUGACUGGGACCUGGGGCAGUGACCAUCUGGUAACUACUGGGACUUGAGUUGAUAGUGUGGCUUCUUUUCGGGUAAAUUUUAGGAUAAAACCUAUCAAGCCGCUAUGUCUAAUGGAUUAAAAGCCUGACAAAAAGGGUGACACAGAUUAAAAAUUAUACAUUCAAACAUACGAUCCCACAACUCCUUAGCACAACCUUGCCAUUCUCAAACCAUCCCCUAUUUAAAUUUGGCUGAGUUUAUAGAUCAUCGUUUUGGCAGCACUGCGGAACUUGUUAAAACUCAAUGCCGUCUAACCCCAGUGGACAAAGUACAAAACCCAAUCAAUGUUAAAAAAUGGUGAGCAUAGUUCUGAGCAUGUCAGGGCUCUGUGUGCGGGCAGGCAGAGAGGAGGAUCCAAAUGCAGGACUCGGAAAACGGAAUGCAACUCAA